AGAUUCCAUUUUGUUGCAAUUCAGACGGAGUCGGGAGAGAGAAAGAAAAGAGGCCCCUCACGGCCGUCUUUUACACCACUGUAAACCUGAAGGUUACGGAUUACUAAGAAAUAUAGCCUCGCUAUAAUUCUUACCUAGUCUGUGGAAGGAUUUCUAACGCAUAUCACUCAUCUUAUUUCGAGGAAGGUUUCAUCAACCGAGCCUGUAGAAGUCGGUAAGCGGUGUAGUUUUGUUCCUCGUCGCCAUAUUGAGUCCAGUUUCUUUGUUUUGGUUUGGUGCCAGAGUAGUUUGACCGAGAUUGUAAAUGAACUAUUAACUCAACAAAUAUUGUCAGAAUGAAUUUAGACAUAGCAAACAUCGAAGUUUUUUGUGUGAGUGUUUGAAAAAAUGUUUCUGCUUGAUAAUUGAAACGGAAUUUAUGUCGCAGUUUUUUUAUUGUUAUGUAAUUCAUUGCUUUAGCUGCAGCACCUUAUUAACGAUAUAUGUAGUCGACAUUUAUUAGGUUAUUAUUGAUUUUUACCGAGUUAGGUGUGGUGACGCACUACCAAAUGCUCGGUUUCUGCUGCAGUGAGAUAACAACACCCCCCAAAAGAAAACAGAAAAAAAAUACUCAAAAAAGAAAAAUAAAUACAUAAGUAAGAAAACUUCGAAGUUAAAUACGUGAAAGCAAACCAAUAGAUUCUCAUUUUGCACUGCAGGGUCAUCGACUUCUUGGAGCCCCGUGUGCCGAGGUGAAUUGAUGUUCAACUCGGCUUCACGACAAAACAACGCUCAUUAUUGGCACAUGAAAACCUCAGACCUUACUGGACACCGAAGUGCAGAGAGAGGUAGAUUGAGAACCACUGCGAGGACCUGGGGCCCGAUUGGUGGCGAGAGAUUGAAGGAAGAUCUCCGUGUCGUCAACUUUUUCACAACAAAGAGGUGAGCUGGGGGAUGUUUUUCCUCGUUGUGGGUGGGGGAGGGGCGACUCGGCUGAGAGCCGAGUGGUUCUGCACGUACCGCUCUGUGAUUGUUUUCGCUGAGAGGUGGCGCAAGUGUGUGCGUGCACUGCGGAGGGAUUAGGCUUUGUUUAGUGUACCCUUGCCAAAAAUAGAUGAACACAACACCACAAUUAAUGCACUUAAUCCAAGUGUGCUAAACUACAUCUGCAAUGUUCUUGCUAUUUAGGUGACACGUAGUGAAGAGGCAGUAUGGGAGGUGGAGAGAGGUACAACAUUCCAGUUUCCCACCCUGAGCGCCCUCUACCCAAGAAGAACCAUCAACUUGGACGAGCCAAGCAGAGAAGCCGUGACCAGAACGGAGCAGCAGCAUCUGCAGGAGGGGUAGGAGGCCUGCACCACCAUGGCCACCGCCGGAGCGACAAAGGCGUAGCCUACCAUAGGUCUCCAGAGGCGCGGCAGGCCGUGUCUGCAGAGAAAAGUGCUUCUGUCCGUUUUGCCACCAACUAUGAUCAGAACUGGGAGGGUGCAGUGUCUCACUUAAACACGCUCCUGGCCACUCAAGGGAGUCCGAGCUACGCGGGGCCAAAGUUCAGUGAGCCACCCUCGCCUAGCGUUUUGCCCAAACCACCAAGCCACUGGGUGUCCUUCCCAAUGGGCUCUUGUGAUAACAGGGAGAUGAUGACUUUCCAGCUCAAGAGUCUCCUCAAGGUGCAGGCCUGAGAGGGAUACCUGUGUCUAUUGAUGAAAGGCCAAUCAAUGAACUGGGACCCUACUAAGGGCACCCACCUCCCAGGAACACCUCAGUGAUGUAAUAAUUUUAGCUGUUUUUAGAUUUACCCUCAAGUGUCCUCAAACAUUCUCAGCAAUGUUUGCUGGAAAUGUUAAGUGAACACCCAUUUUUUUAAACUAACAUUUCAAGAUAUUACAGCUGCUGAGCCUUGCUGGUUGGUGAUGCUUUUAGUGGAGUCCGUUUUCUGUGACUUAUGACAAACUGGAUAUCCUUUGUACUUCUAGUUUGUUUUGUUCUUUUUAUGUUAGCUGUUCAAAGCAGAUUGAGUGUUCUUUUCCACCCAAACAGGUUUCAUACAGUAAGUUAGAUUACUCCCAAGAGCUUUUACAGUCCAUUUCUGUGGACAGAUGCCUUUUUGAAUUUUUUUAUUUUUAAGAUUUUCCUUAAGAUUCAUCCAAAGUAUCAGGUGCUAAAGCAAAAUCAUAUUUGUAGCAUUUUGACUAGGGCCCCCUUUUUUGUUAUUUGUUUUCCUUGUUUGGGGGAAGAGACACUCAGCUGCAAUUCUGCAGGGAAAAAGCUAUCUUGCUAGAGAUGGUAAGCUGUAGUGAGUAAGUAUAGGUCAAAAGUAAAACCUCAAACUGAAGAGUAAUAAGAGACCACGGCACACUGGUUCUGGACUGUCAACUCCUGUACCUUUUUUAUUGCGCUGUGCGCACAUGCACUAUGGGAGUUGAACUCGUCCGAGGCCAAAAACGCCUAUCAUAGCAUUAAUUUGUACAAGUCAUUUUUUGUUGUGGUUGAAAGUUGUAUGAAGAGCUGUGUGUAACCAAAGCAAAGAUUUGCUGUACUCAUUUGUUUUUUCCUUUUACGUCUUUGACAUCCUCUCAGCGGUGGGUGUCAUUGCCACUUUACCAUGCCUGCUUAGUGAAGAAUGGGUUCAGACCCCUGGGCCUCCUCUUAUGUCCUGAUCAGUGCUGUGUUUACUCCUCAGUCUCGGCCUAUUUAAGACAUUGCUGCGGCUUCAACAUGCGGAAGGGGGCCGAUGUUUAUUUGUGGGACUGUUGAGUUUCACGUGGCUCGGCCCUGUUGGCUGCCAGCAAAUGUAAGCAAGCUAAGGCAGAGCUGAGGAGGGUUUCUGCAUUUAGUGGCCCGGGGGUGCUGACGAGGGGGCAGUUGUCUUGCUUAUAUGUUUACAAAAUAGGUCUCAGUGGUUGACUGCCUGUUAAUCAACAGACCCUCUUUGCCUCUGCCCCUAAUCAAAACUCUUGCACUGCAAUCAACCUAGUUUUUGAUAAGUUACAGACAAGAAUGCUAAUGUUAUGAUGGUGGCGUUAUUGACUAUCUCCCUAUGGAUUCUCUAUUUUUGUGAUUCAAUCCUGUAUUGAGGCUCUUUCUACUUUCCCUUUGCAGAAUUAAAGCUGCUAAUGGCUGACCUAAAGAUGACGAAACAGAGUAUGAAAGCUUGUUAGUGUGUUCAAGAGCCAUGUAAAUAAUGAAAUGUAUAAAGUUCUUGUAGCAUAUGUACAUUUGCAGGCCGAGUUUGAGGCCUGCCCGACAAAAGUAUUUUUAGUAAUAACACUGAAUGUAUAAGACAUGCAGAGGACAUGUCUUGACUUCAAUGUCUUGACUUCAAUACUGAAGAAUAUUUUUGUUAAAAAAAGUUAAUAAUGCCAAUAGCAUUUGUCAGUACUCCUGCACUGUUAUCUUUCCAGAGAUCUUGCACAUGUUUUUUUAUUGUUUUGUAUAACACAGUGUAGGGUGAUAGAUGCUAAAAGGAAAUUGUAACAUCAAAAAAUAUCAAUUGGAACCUAGAGGAGACUUGCCAAUGAAUGGAUAUGAGUUUGAAUGUGCUUACGCCGUGUAAGCCUGAUGAUUUUCAUCUUGCAUUGACCUGUUUGUGCCUAUGUUUGAUCCCCAUGCUGAUACUGACUCUUUUCAUUAGGUGACCACACCUUGAAUCGACCAAAAACUUGUAAAGAACCGCCUUCAGUUUUAAGCUGUUCUUCCGCCAGCUAAAAACUCAACGUGGUCCCAUGCUGUAGUCGUACCUCAUUGAAUUGGUUCAUGUAUUUUUUCUAUUUUUUAUUUUGUUUUUCUCACCCAGAUUGAGUUUUACACGGCAGUCUCCUCUAUUCGAAAUUUGUAACCUGUAACGAAUUGGCUGUUAAUUAAGUCCCCCAUGAAAUGUCACUGAAGAUGAAAUGAAUUUGCCCUGUUUAAGAUUAGAUCGAAUUGGUGCUUGAAAAAAACAAAUGUGAAAAACACUCUGUGAAAUGAAUUGAUGACAAAUUUUACAAAAAAAAAGAAAAGAAAUAAAUCCCUUUCCCCUCCCCCCUACCUUUGUCUG